GCGUCCCCAGAGGUGGAGUCUGGUAUCGGAACGACAAGGCGCGGCUGUCAGAGAGGCGCAGCAGCAGUGAACAGGACGGAGGUAAACCCGAUUAUCCUGAGCUUCAGUCACAUGUGUGAUCAUGGCAAACGCUGGCCUUCUUCAGAACAUCCGCGAGACUCCUCCACCCUCAGCACCGGCACUAGGAUGUUCAAAGCUGCUUGUCUGCAUCCUGCCGUCUGCUCAGAUAGCUCUUGGGGUGAUACAUCUACACGACUGUCCUCGGCAGCGCUUAAUCCCCAUCUACCUGAUAGUGGUGGGAGUCUUUAGUCUGGUGCUGACGCUGCUCUCCUGCCUGCCCUGCGCCCAGGAGAAAAAAGAUGGCCCGCCCAACCGUCUGAGCACCAUCUGCACCAUCUGGAACUCGCUGACAUCUUUCUUCCUCUUCUGCUGGUUCAUUGCUGGUAACGUUUGGAUCUAUUCUAUUUAUAAGCCCAACUUCAACAGGAACACAACAGAUGUGAACCCGUACUGUGACAAGACGCUGUACCUGUUCGCCUUCUGGACCACCACCUUGGUCUACAUAAUCCCGUGUGUGUGCCUGUUUAUUGGCUGCUGCGUCCUCCUCCUGUGCAGGCGUUCCAACCCGGAAGACCAAGUCUAGAGCCUGUCUGGAAACAAAAAGGGCCGAGGAGCGAGGACGCCACUAAUUGGGCUGCACGCGGCACGAGUUGUUUUGGUUGCAUUUGUAAAGCAACCACUUUUCUUUCGUGCUUGAACGAUGAGAAAUAUGAUUCUAAUGAUAUAUAUGAUACUAAAGAUAGUUUUGCAGCCUUGGUAGAUACAUGCUCUGCUCUUUGCAAACAGGAUGCUGUCAAUUUUACACUGAUUAUAUAUAAUGUAUGCAAGUGUUUUCUCAUUAAUGAGCAUUUUCUACCUCUUCACAAGCUGCAAAAAGCUGUAUUCUGUUUGUUGAACUCUAGCUACCAUUCAUUUUUACUAGAUAUAUUGUUUACAUGCUGAGACACUAAUUGGACUCAGUGGACGAAAUGUUUUUAAUUUAAUAUUCGUUGACAAUCACUGGAAAACAAAGACUCUAAUAUAUUUAGUCCACAUCUUCCAUGUAAUAACUUUCAUCAGACACUGGUCUUUUAGACAUCAUAAAACUAUAAAACUGUCUCCACUGUGCAACAUUUAAUCACUAAACUGCAUCAGAAUGAGUUUUACUGCUGUAAAAUGUGCACAGAUCACUUCCUCCGUACCAUGAUUAAUUUUUAUAGCAGGACCUUGUCACUGUAACCUCCCAAACUAUAGCCUACAUUGGUGUGAGAUGUUUAUACUUGUGCUCUCGUCAGUUUGACUCACUCUGUAAAAAAACGCCUCCCAAACGCUA